CGCAGCUGUUUUCACUUCGCCGUGACUCAGAGCACUCAGGAACGCAGGAGCAGAAGGGGGGAUCCAGCCGCCCGUGCAGAGCCUGGUUCCAACUCCUGCGCCGGAGGACUGAGAGGAUCAGGAAGUGAAGGCUAUUUCCUUGAAGGGAACGCCCUCUGCGUCUCUCUUUUCCACUCAAGCCGCUCUCGGAAUCUUGCAUCACCAUGGUGCAAUUCUGUGGCCUACUCACCCUCCAGCGGGAGCCAGUACCACUGAAGAGUAUCUCUGUGAGCGUGUCCAUUUAUGAGUUUGUGGCUGGUGUGUCUGCAACUUUGAACUAUGAGAAUCAGGAGGAAGUUCCUCUGGAGACCGUCUUUGUGUUCCCCAUGGACGAAGACUCUGCUGUUUACAGCUUUGAGGCCUUGGUGGAUGGGACGAAAAUUGUAGCAGAAUUACAAGACAAGAUGAAGGCCCGCACCAACUAUAAGAAUGCCAUCUCUCAAGGCCACCAGGCCUUCUUAUUGGAGGAGGACAGCAGCUCCAGGGAUGUCUUCUCUUGCAAUGUGGGUAACCUCCAACCUGGGUCGAAGGCGGCAGUCACCCUGAAGUAUGUGCAGGAGCUGCCUCUGGAAACAGAUGGGGCUCUGCGCUUUGUCCUCCCAGCUGUCCUGAAUCCUAGAUACAAAUUCUCUGGGUCACCUAAGGAUAGCUGCCUUGAUGUGAAGACGCCUAUAGUCCCUGUGGAGGAGCUACCCUACACCCUCAGCAUGGUCGCCACCAUUGAUUCCCAGUAUGGCAUCGAGAAGGUCCAAUCCAACUGCCCCUUGAGUCCUACUGAGUACCUAGGAGAGAACAAGACUUCUGCUCAGGUUUCCCUGGCUGCUGGACACAAGUUUGAUCGGGAUGUGGAACUCCUGAUUUACUACAGUGAGGUGCAUAUCCCUAGCGUGGUUUUGGAGAUGGGGAUGCCUAAGGUGAAGCCAGGUCGUUUGAUGGGAGAUCCAACUGCAAUGGUGAGUUUCUAUCCAAAUAUCCCCGAAGAUGAACCAUCAAAUACCUGUAGAGAGUUUGUCUUCCUCAUGGACCGCUCCGGAAGUAUGCAGAGCCCCAUGAAUAGCCAGGAUAGAUCUCAGCUGCGCAUACAGGCAGCCAAGGAAACACUGAUUUUGCUGCUGAAGAGUUUGCCUAUAGGCUGUUAUUUCAACAUCUAUGGAUUUGGCUCUUCCUAUGAGGCAUACUUCCCGGAGAGUGUGAAGUACACUCAGCAAACCAUGGAGGAGGCCCUGUGGAGAGUUAAGCUUAUGCAGGCCGACCUAGGGGGCACUGAAAUCUUGGCACCACUCCAGGACAUUUACAAGAGACCCUCCAUCCCAGGCCACCCCCUACAGCUUUUUAUCUUUACAGAUGGAGAAGUUACAGACACAUUUAGUGUAAUUAAAGAAGUUGGGAUCAACAGACAGAAACACAGGUGUUUCUCAUUCGGUAUUGGAGAAGGUGCCUCCACCAGCCUAAUAAAAGGUAUUGCCCGGGCAUCAGGGGGCACCUCAGAAUUUAUCACAGGCAAAGACAGGAUGCAGUCCAAGGCUCUCAGGACUCUGAAGCGCUCUCUGCAGCCUGUGGUACAGAAUGUUUCUCUGAGCUGGCAUUUGCCUCCUCGUCUGUCUGCUGAAAUGCUUUCCCCAGAACAGACUGUCAUUUUUAGGGGUCAGAGAUUAAUCAUCUAUGCCCAACUGACUGGGAAGAUGCCAGCAGCAGAGACAGGAGAAGUAUGCCUCAAAUACACACUCCAGGGCAAGGCUUUUGAGGAUAAGGUGACAUUUCCUCUACAACCCAAGCCUGAUGCCAACCUCACCAUUCACCGCCUUGCUGCCAAGUCCUUGCUCCAGACCAAGGACAUGGGCCUCAGAGAGACUCCCGCAAGUGAUAAAAAAGAUGCAUUGAACCUUAGCCUUGAGUCUGGUGUCAUAAGCUCUUUCACAGCUUUCAUUGCUAUCAACAAGGAGCUGAACAAGCCAGUUCAGGGGCCUCUGGCUCAUAGGAAUAUCCCAAGGCCAAUUGUGCUAGGUGCUUCUGCCCCAUUGAAGUUGAGAUGCAAAGCAGCUGUUCCAAUGGCUGCACGCUAUAGUCGUCCUGCAUUUCCGCCCAUAAUGGAAGCUAUGUCUGUUGAGGACAACAUGGCAUACCAUAAAGGUGAUUACAGAUUCUGUGGGUUGAUGACUCACAAGGACCAUCACAGUCCAGCCUCUGUAGAGGAUCAUCUUGUGCAGCUGAUUUAUCACCAAAAUGCAAAUGGUUCCUGGGAUCUGAAUGAAGAUCUAGCCAAGGUCCUAGAUAUGAGUUUGGAAGAAAUAACAUCUGCACACCCUGCCGAGCUUGUGGAUUCCUCAGGAUGGGCCACCAUCCUGGCCGUGAUCUGGCUACAUGGCAACGGUAAGGACUUCAAGUGUGAAUGGGAGCUUCUGGAAAGGAAGGCCAUGGCCUGGAUGCGUGUCCAUGCAGGCUCCACCAUGCCUUUGGUUGUGAAAGCUGCUAUUACUUUCCUGAAGUCAUCUGUGGAUCCUGCUAUCUUUACCUAUUGAAGAUACCAUACAGAAAAAGAAGUGCCUUUAAUUUUCUACUGUCAUUUCCUUUACUCUUCUACGGUGAUGAUAUGUUCUUGUGUUUUAUGAUUCUUUAUUUUUUUGCCAUAAAAGUAAAGGAUGCUCACUCCACUUUGCAUGCUCCAGGUUCACUUUGGAUAUGAUCUUUCUUUUCCCAGCAUGUCCCCUUAGGAAAGUGACAGUGAUCCCAGAACCUGUUUCCUUUCUUGAAGGAGUUCAAAACAUUCACAGGCUAGUAAUGUUUCUUCCAGGGUUUCCAAGCUGACAGUAUGAAAAGCAGGUGACAUGAACUAUAGACUAAUGAUUACAGCAUUAGUUGAUGUUAGGAAAUGCCUAAAUUUGAGAAUUCUCUGCAUUAUCUUUGCCUGUUCACUUUCUAUCUUAUGUCUUUAUUAGGACUGUACUGGUAAGUUUUGAAGUUUUCCAUGUGUAGGAUGAGUUAGAGGGAGGUUGAAAGCCAACAUCUGAACCAAUGUAAUGUUAAGAUCAUAAAGAGAGAGACUCCAGGGGCAUACUGUGAGAGUUGGCACUGUUGGGGACCUUCCUGAUUCAUUCUGCUUGGGCUUUGCUAGCUUGUACAACCUACAUGCCUUUCCUUGCACUGCCUAAAAGACUCCAGUUGAGCUAUACCUGUUGGAGACAGAUGUUCCUUCUUAAUAAUGAAGCAUCUUAGUAAGAGGUAUAUAAUGCAAUUCUUAGUCCUACCCUGAACCUGUGAGUCCUCUAAGUCAGGCUUUGAUCUAGUGCACUAAAGGGAAGGGCGAGUUUAAUGGGAGCUUUGCCUGGAACCUGAACCCGGAGUACUUCUGCAUUAGGAAGAAAGGAGCUCCCUGUGAUCACUCCUGAUCCUUGUGUCUCAUAGCUCUUAUCCUAAUGGAAAUGAUCCUAUUGGAUGUAGUGUCCCUUAAAGUAACUUGUAUCAAUAUUAAAAUGACUAUUUCUACCAUUUCAUGA